GGCACUUUGCGGCUGGCACUGUUGGGAGAGGGUCUCAGCGUGUCGCGCACACGUGGGUGGCACACGUGUUCCAGGUGGAUGGCAAAUGGUGCUGGUGGCGGUGAUAUCACCGGGGUGAGGUGGCACUUCGGGCUUGUCACCUGGCUGGUGUUUCUGGCGGGUCCAGGGAUGUCACCCGUACUGCUCCUGGCUCUGGUGACCCACAUUUGUCCUGGGUGGGUGGCACAGGGUGCCUGGAUGGUGGCACGAGGUGGCACUUUGGGGUUGUCAUCUGGCUGGCACCCGUGUUGGGGACAGUCUCGGAGUGCCACCAGGGCUGCCACCUGUCACAUGUGGGCAGCAUAGGAUGUGUCCCGGGGGCACAGGACACCCUGGGUGACACCCGGGGGCACCGCCAGCACAUCCCACUGACACCAGUGCCAUCCCUGCCUUGGGUGACAACAGCCCAGCCCCCGCCAAGUCCCAGUGGGGUGGAGGCUCAAACUCGGGGCUCAGGAGACUUGGACCUCCUGCCCAGGCUGUGCUGGGUGGAGGGGCCCUUACUGGUGGACCCAGUUUAACCAGCAGGACCUGAUUUCCAGUGCCCCCCAGGCAGAGCUGCGGGGGGGGCCAGGGGCCCGACCCCUGCAGUCAGCCUGGUCCCUGCCCGGGACCCCCCAUUCCCUGAAGCAUUUCCCGGUGGAUCUGCGCACUUCCAUGGAUGGCAAAUACAAGGAGAUCGCUGAGGAGCUGUUUUGCCGCUCGCUGGCCGAGAACGAGAUGCGCACGGCCCCGUACGAGUUCCCUGAGGAGAGCCCCAUCGAGCAGCUGGAGGAGCGGCGCCAGCGCCUGGAGCGCCAGAUCAGCCAGGACGUCAAACUUGAGCCCGACAUUUUGCUCAGAGCCAAACAGGACUUCCUGAAAAUUGACAGUGCUGCGGACUUACAGCUCUUCAAGGAGCAGAAUGACAGCCUGGUGGACCAUGUCCCCAAGGAGCGGGAGGCACUGCUGGAGCGAGAAUUCCAGCGGGUCACCAUCUCUGGGGAGGAGAAAUGUGGGGUGCCCUUCACCGACCUGCUGGACGCGGCCAAGAGCGUGGUGAAGGCGCUGUUUGUGCGGGAGAAGUACAUGGGGCUGUCGCUCCAGAGCUUCUGCAAGACCACGGCUCGCUACCUGCAGGAGCUCUCCGAGAAGCCCCUGGAGACCCGUGGCUACGAGGAGGUGCCCGAGACCCCCGUGGCUGCUGAUGUCCCCGUGCACCCCCCGUUUGCUGAGCAGCACCCCUAUGAGAAGUGUGAUCCCCAGAACAUGCCGGCGGACCUGGGCUUCGGGCUGAAGAUGGUGGAUGGUGUCGUGCACGUCUACACCAAGCAGGACAUCACUGACAAGAGCACGGAGCUGGACCUGCCAUACCCUGACCUGCAGGAGUUUAUCGCCGACAUGAAUUUCCUCAUGGCUUUGAUCAUCAACGGGCCCAUCAAAUCCUUCUGCUACCGCCGGCUGCAGUACCUGAGCAACAAGUUCCAGAUGCACGUGCUGCUCAAUGAGAUGAAGGAGUUGGCGGCCCAGAAGAAGGUGCCUCACCGCGACUUCUACAACAUCCGCAAGGUGGACACCCACAUCCAUGCCUCGUCCUGCAUGAACCAGAAGCAUCUCUUGCGCUUCAUCAAGCGGGCAAUGAAGAAGCACCUGGAUGAAAUUGUCCAUGUGGAGAAGGGGAAGGAGCAGACGCUCAAGGAGGUGUUUGAGACGAUGAACCUCACAGCCUACGACCUGAGUGUGGACACGCUGGAUGUCCAUGCGGACCGGAACACCUUCCACCGCUUCGACAAGUUCAACGCCAAGUACAACCCCAUCGGGGAGUCCAUCCUGCGGGAGAUCUUCAUCAAGACAGACAACCGCGUCUCGGGGAAGUACUUUGCCCACAUCAUCAAGGAGGUGAUGGCAGACCUGGAGGAGAGCAAGUACCAGAACGCGGAGCUGCGGCUCUCGAUCUACGGCCGCUCCCGGGACGAGUGGGACAAGCUGGCCCGCUGGGCCGUCAGCCACCGCGUCCACUCCAACAACGUCCGCUGGCUCGUGCAAGUGCCGCGGCUCUUUGAUAUCUACCGGACAAAGAAGCAGUUGGCCAACUUCCAGGAGAUGCUGGAGAACAUCUUCCUGCCGCUCUACGAGGCCACGAUCCACCCUGCCCAGCACCCAGAGCUGCACCUCUUCCUGGAGCACGUGGAUGGCUUCGACAGCGUGGAUGAUGAAUCCAAACCAGAGCAUCAUAUCUUCAACCUGGAUAGCCCUUUACCAGGCAACUGGGUGGAGGAGGACAACCCGCCCUACUCCUACUACCUGUACUACAUGUACGCCAACAUGACGGUGCUCAACCACCUCCGGCGGAAGAGGGGCUUCCACACCUUUGUCCUGCGCCCGCACUGUGGUGAGGCCGGUCCCAUCCACCACCUCGUGUCGGGGUUCAUGGUGUCAGAGAACAUCUCCCACGGGUUGUUGCUGCGCAAGGCCCCUGUGCUGCAGUACCUGUACUACCUGGCGCAGAUUGGCAUUGCCAUGUCCCCGCUGAGCAACAACAGCCUCUUCCUGAGCUACCACCGCAACCCCCUGCCCGAGUACCUCUCGCGGGGGCUCAUGGUCUCCCUCUCCACCGACGACCCCCUCCAGUUCCACUUCACCAAGGAGCCGCUGAUGGAGGAGUACAGCAUCGCCACGCAGGUGUGGAAGCUCAGCUCCUGCGACAUGUGUGAGCUGGCCCGCAACAGCGUCCUUAUGAGCGGCUUCUCCCACAAGGUGAAGAGCUACUGGCUGGGUCCCAACUACCUGAAGGAGGGUCCGGAGGGGAACGACAUCCGCCGGACCAACGUCCCCGACAUCCGCGUCAGCUACCGCUUCGAGACGCUGUGCCAGGAGCUGACGCUCAUCACGCAGGCGGUGCAGAGCGCCGAGCUGGAGCCCAUCCAGGAGGAGGACGUGCUCACCAUCUCCCUGGGCACCCACUGACCCCCAGCUCCCCCCGAGCCCUCCAGGGCUCUGCGCCGUCCCCCACCCGCUACCUCCUGCCCUGGGAAGGGGCCGCUCCUGCUGCUGUCCUGGUGCCGCUGCAGGGCAUGGAGUUUGUCGAGUCCUCUCCGUUUCAUCUUGGUUUGGUCAUUUUAUGGGUGGCUUUUUUUGUCUUUUUCUGUUGUUUUUAACUGGUGGCUCCUUGCUGGCUUGGGCCCUGCUGGGCUUGAUGGCACGAGGAGGUGACACAGGGGAGGGCACAGCCAGGGGUUCCUGGAUUUACCUCCCAAGCUGAGGACGCAGUGACAAGUCCUGGGUGCUGCUGUGGUGACAGUGUGGGAGUCCCGGCCCAGCCCCACCGGGUCCUGAUGCUCUUUAGCCCUGGUGCCCUCUCAGCCUCUUCUUCCACCCUGUGGGGACAACCAAAGGAACCCAGACCUGAGGUCUCUGCUGUCGCUGGGGACGCAGCGGCCCAGAGGACAGGGGGAUGGUGCCUGCUGGGGGGUGCUCCCUCCUCAUCACCACGGGGAGGAAGGCAAGGGGUGGGAUGGAGAAUGUUGCAUCCUCACCGCCUCAGGGACGAAGGGAAAGGGGACCAGGUGACGAGUGUCCCUGUCCCCAGCACUCCCAGGAGAUGUUUGUUUGUGGCUUCUCCCAUCCCGGUGGGGCAGUACCCCUCUAUCCCUGCAGUCUCCCAUCCCAGUGCUGCUGUCUGCAUCUGGAGCCGGCAUUCCCGGGAAAACCUAAUGGCGACUAGAAAAACAACAAAGUUCUGAGAAAAAAAACCUAGCCAAGCAUGAAAAAUAAAAGUAUUUAAGUAAAA